CAGGUUUUCUAUAUAUAUUUUAGGGUCCAGUGUUUGUUUGUUUUUAUUAUUCCCAAGUCAGCUCCCCAGCUCUCUGUCUAGAAGGGACUUUGCCACACUGGUGUCAGAAGUGAGCUGAAGAAGAGGCGUAGUUAGUGCAAGCAACUGACCGUUGAAAAGAAUGCCAGAGAGGAUCCCUCAGGGUGCUAAAUUAAGACAUUGUGUGCUAGGUGCCCAACCCAAGCUUACUCUACAUUAGUUCAGCAACAGCACCUUGCCAUGAGGGAGGAGAUGGACAGAGAAGAUGUAGCAGUUAACUCAAAUCAGGAUGAAGUCUCCUCAGAUGAGCCAACCCAAGGUCCACUUUUAAAGGAGUCGCCACCUAUAGACCAGGCUACAGGCAAAGUAGAUCCCAUCACAGCCAUUCUGCAAGCCCUGAUGUACCAGAAACAAGCUCUGAUUGAUGCAGAACAGCACUGGCAGGAGCAAUCAUGCCAAGAUCGGCUGGGAAGGGAAAGUUCUGCCCGAGACGAAGGGGACCACCAUGAGCAAAGAUAUCCAAAGGAGAUGUCAGUUAGUUCAGAGCUCUGCAGAUGGGAUGCUUCUUCCUUAACCCUUCCUACUGUUCCUCUUCCACAGCACCGCAGAGAAAUAAAGCUAGUGAAGAUGGGGGAGGAUGAGGAUGUGAGCUCUUAUUUAACAAAGUUUGAAAGAGUAGCUACUGCAUGCCACUGGCCAAAAGAAGAAUGGGUGUCACGGCUGGUUCCCUGUCUGACUGGGAAGGCCUUGAAAGCUUUGAAACAUCUUUCACCCCGAGAGUCUACUAACUAUAAACUGGUUCAGGCUGCAAUCCAACAGCGGUUUGAACUCCAUUCUGAGGCCUACUGGCAACUGUUUCGAACGUAUAAAUUCAAAGAAGAGGAAGGACCUCGAGAAGCCUUGAAUCAGCUCAGAGAGUUUGCCAGGAGGUGGCUGUCUCCUGAAAUGAGGGCCUCCCAAGAAGUGUUUGAGUGUGUAGUUUUAGAGCAAUUUGUUACCAUCCUUCCAGAAGCGGUAAAGCACUGGGUUCUAGAACAUCAACCAGACAACUGUAAUCAAGCUUUAGAACUGGCAGAGAACUAUUUAUUGGCUCACCACACUUCUGUUUCCAGAUACCCUGAAACUAGGAAAAGAUACAACGGCUCCCCAAAAGAGGAAGCCCCACUUGAGAAGAUAGCCGGUUACUGGCUAAAAAGUAAUCAGAAAGCCCAGCCAACCAGAAUUACCAAAUGCCAUCCCGGUGGUAAGGAGGGGCCCUGGGCCAUAAACUGUACAACCUGGUCGACCAAGGGCCUUCCUAAAAGUAGUACAGAGAACGAUAUCAGUGGUCAGAUUGCUGAAGGUGACACUAAAAGCAGUAGUCCAAGAGUAGGAAAGCCACAGGAGUGUUCUCAUUGUCAUACAGGAGGACAUCAGACUAAUCAGUGUCCCCUAGCCACAUAUGAGGUUGUGGAGGAGAUGCCUGGAAUUACCAUAACUAAACUACAGCUGACAACUGCAGUGGUCAAUGGCCAACCACUAAAAGCACUCCUUGAUACAGGAUGUUCCCACAGUUUGAUUAAAAGUGCACAUGUAUCCUCCCAGAUGUAUAUCCCAAAUCAACAACUUCUCGUUUUGGGGGCUGAUGGUGAAUCCAGACCUCAUGCUGUGGCUAAGGUCCCAGUAGAAGUUGGGGGGCGAGCUUUUUCUCUCCAAGUGGGAGUGAAUCCUACAUUACCUUAUGACAUGAUCCUGGGGCAAGACCUCCCAAACCUGAGGGAACUCUUGGAGGCAAACCCUGUUAUCAUCACUCAGGCUCAAUCCCAAAUGCAACAGUUGUGGGAAAGGCUACCUGAUCCCCAGGGAACCCUGAGUGAGGCCCCAGGGAAAACUAAGAAACCUAAAGCCCAAAAGAAGAAGAAGAGGAAGAAGAAGAAGAAAGAGGAGAGUUUGUACAUGGAGAUCCAAGUCAACAAUCCUAACGAAAGAACAGAAUCUGAGUGGGAACUCCCUGAAAAUGUAGGACAACUCCAGGCAUCCGAUCCUUCCCUACGGAAGGUACUUUCACAACUGGGGAACCUAUUGCCAGGUGGUAAAAAGGUCACCCAAAAGAAUGACAUCCUGUAUGUCACUGACAAAUGUGGUUCUAGAUUAGUUGUGCCCAUGGCAUGCAGAUCUCUAAUCAUGAGAAUCAGCCACACUAUACCCGGGACAGGACACCAGGAGCAUCAGCCUACUUAUGCCAGAAUUGCACGUGUCUUUUGGUGGCCAGGAAUGUAUGCUGAUACUCGCCAGUUUUGUGCAUGUUGUAAAGAAUGCCAAAAAUCAGAUCUCCUCAAGGAUCCAAAGAAGAGUCCAUUAUUCCCUCUUCCCAUGGUGGGUAUUCCCUUCCGUACGAUAGCUAUGGACAUAAUAGGUCUGUUAACAAAAAGUCAACGAGGCUAUAGAUUUAUCCUUGUAGUGUGUGACUAUGCCACAAGUUAUCCUGAAGCGUUUGCCCUCAGAACAAAUACCAGCCAGGAGAUUGCCUCAACCUUAGUAGACUUGUUCUCUAGAAUCGGAAUCCCUGGUGAGAUAGUUACAGAUUAUGAGAAAAACAUUACAAGCCAAACUAUGAAUCUCCUUUACAAAAAAUUGGGAAUGAAGAGAAUCAAAAUUUCCCCUUAUCACCCUCAGUUUGAUAGUCUAGUGGAACGAUUCAACCAAACCCUUAAACAAAUGCUGAGAAAAUACAUUUCAGAGACAGGUUCUGACUGGGACAGGUGGCUCCAGAUCUUAUUGUUUGCUUAUCGGGAGCAAUCUCAGACUUCUAUGGAGUUCUCUCCUUAUGAGUUGCUAUGUGGUCCAACAGUCAGAAGACCCCUUCAAAUGGUUAGGGAAAUUUGGGAGGGAAAGGCCAAGUCUCUUUCAAGAAACAUUAGCUAUAUCCUGCAAAUGGGGGACAAGCUAAACCAGAUAAGGGAGCUGGCUUUAGACAACAUUAGGCACGCUCAAGUGCAUAAAAAAUUAUACUAUGACCGGCGUACUAACUUGCGAGAAUUUCAUCCAGGACAGAGAGUGUUACUGUUGCUCCCUUCCACUGCAAACAAAUCGCUAGCUCAGUGGCAAGGGCCUUUUUCAGUGCUUCGACGCAUAGGACCAGUCAGUUAUGAAAUCCUGAUGCCUGGACACCGCCCCUCAAAGCAAACCUGGCAUACCAAUCUACUUAAAAAAUGGGUGGAGCCUGCAAGUCAACCUGGUUUCAGUUUGAUGACUCAUCAGAUUCAUGAGCGGGUCGAAGAGGAUGAUGGAGUGCUCUUUAUUCCUUCAGGAGCAGGUGAUCAGUUGACACCGCUGAAAAAAAUGUAUUCUUCUCCAACACAAGCUAAAAGCAAGCCAGAUGUUGGACAAGAGACUUCCCCCAAGUCACCUCGUUUACUCCAAGCAGGAGAUGAAGUGAUCCAAGCAACCAAAAAACAAGUAUGGACGAUGCCUGCCUACCCAUGGAAGAUCUGAAGCCCAGGAAAGCCCAUCCAAAAAGGCUACCUGAAGCCCAAGUAGGGUGAAAUAUGGUGAAGGGAAAACACCAGCAUCCUCAUCACUAAGCCACAGCUGCUGACUGGCAGUGCCUGUGGAUACAGGGCUGGCUAAGCUUAAAGGUUUCUCUUUUGAAAGAGCAGAUGUGGGGGUUGGAGAAGAAUGUGGAGGAGGGAGAUGACGGAGAGGAGAAAAUAAUGGCCAAGUGAAGCCUGUGAAGGAAACACUAGCUGAAAUUACUCUUAAUAUGCCGUGUAUAAAAACAUUCCUCACCCUUCCUUGAUGUUUUGCUGGAACCCAGGUUGUCUUUCGGGCCCAUAAACAGAUCCCUCAUAUUGGAGAGCCAUAUUAGAAAAAAAAGAAAAAGCCAGAGAUUUCCCAAGAAGGGAAUUGCAUUUAUGCUGAGGCUGGAAUACCCAUGGAGUCUCCUUGUACAGAGGGGAUAACACAACCCUCAAACUGCUGCCGCCUGCCCUAUUUUCUCCCUUGGUUUAGCAUUGUUCUGUAUUUUGAGAAAUUACUUUUGAGUUCUUUGUUUGGACUGCUGACCCUCCAAAGCAUCUUUGUGUUCAACCUCUGAAGGCUUAAGGGUCUGGAGGGAAUAAACUACAGCAGUUUUUUUUCAUA